UGCACAGGGCAGCUCCUCAGUGGCUGAGGAUCCUGAAAACCUCUCGUUGUUUAUGAUUCAGACUUUGCCCUACUAGCUGAGUGGGACCUUCAGUCUUAUGAAAAUCCUCUUUCGUGGCCCCUACUCCAGGUGCUUCAGGUUCAGAGCAAGGACGUGUAUUCAGCCUGAGUGAAGAAGACAAUCUCAAGUAAAGACACCAGGUAAAUAAGUUGAAGGCACAACUUCCUUGCUUGUAACUCCUUGAGAAGGAAGUUUGAACGAAUUCCCGGUGACAUUCAGACGUCCAUUGAACAAAGGCUUCUCCUUCCAGGUUGAGGUUUCUUAAGGAAUGGCUAACUGUGUUUCCAUGCAUAGUAUUGUUUGUCGGUACAUGUGACUGUACCUGUGUUUCAUCGUAAAAGGCUUUCUGCCAGACAUAAUAUGGAGACUGGUGAUUAAUACUAACAUAGUUGCUGUACAUUGGAAAGCUUGAGAGUUCAUUUUUAAAAAGUCUUUAAGUUUGAUUUUAAUCAAACAGAUUCCAUUCCCGGUUUCUCAGAGUAGUGUGGGCCAUGAAGCCAGGCCAUUUCAUCUGGACUUUACUGUUCACGCACUCCUUGUGGCUUUUACCAACUGAUGGGGCCAUUCGAAACUACUACCUGGGCAUCCAGGAUGUGCAGUGGAACUAUGCUCCCAAGGGAAGGAAUGUCAUCACAAACCAGACCCUGAACAAUGACAUAGUGGCUUCCAGCUUCCUAAAGUCUGGCAAAAACAGGAUAGGGAGUAGUUACAAGAAGACUGUCUAUAAGGAAUACAGCGAUGGAACAUACACUGAUGAAGUAGCCAAGCCUGCCUGGUUGGGCUUCCUAGGACCACUGUUACAGGCUGAGGUGGGGGAUGUCAUCCUUAUCCACCUGAAGAAUUUUGCAAGUCGGCCUUAUACUAUUCACCCUCAUGGAGUUUUCUAUGAGAAGGACUCAGAAGGCUCACUGUACCCAGAUGGUUCUUUUGGGUACAUGAAAGCAGAUGAUUCUGUUCCCCCGGGAGGCAUCCAUGUCUACAACUGGACUAUUCCAGAAGGCCAUGCACCCACUGCUGCGGACCCAGCAUGCCUCACCUGGAUUUACCAUUCUCAUGUAGAUGCUCCACGAGACAUUGCAGCUGGUCUCAUUGGACCUCUUAUCACCUGUAAAAGAGGUACCCUGGAUGGUAACUCCCCACCUCAGAGGAAGGAUGUGGACUACAAUUUCUUCCUUCUCUUCAGUGUGGUAGAUGAGAACCUUAGUUGGCACCUUGAUGACAACAUUGCUACGUACUGCUCAGAUCCUGCCUCGGUGGACAAAGAUGAUGGAGCCUUUCAAGAGAGCAACAGGAUGCAUGCAAUCAAUGGGUUUGUCUUUGGGAACUUACCAGAACUAAGGAUGUGUGCACAGAAGCAUGUAGCCUGGCACUUGUUUGGCAUGGGCAAUGAAAUAGACGUCCACACAGCUUUCUUCCAUGGACAGAUGCUGACUACCCGUGGACACCGCACUGACGUUGCUCACCUUUUUCCAGCCACCUUUGUGACUGCUGAUAUGGUGCCCCAGAAAUCUGGAACCUGGUUAAUUAGCUGUGGAGUGAAUAGCCACUGGAAAAGUGGCAUGCAGGCCCUCUAUAAGGUCGACUCUUGCUCCACGAACCCACCUGUGGACCAACUCACAGGCAAAGUUCGUCAAUAUUUCAUUGAGGCCCAUGAGAUUCAAUGGGACUAUGGCCCAAUGGGGCAUGAUGGCAGAACUGGGAAGAGUUUGAGAGAGCCAGGAAGUGGCCCAGAUAAGUACUUCCAGAAGAGCUCUAGCCGAAUUGGAGGUACUUAUUGGAAAGUUCGAUAUGAAGCCUUCCAAGAUGAGACAUUCCAGGAAAGGGUACAUCAAGAGGAAGAAGCACAUCUCGGAAUUCUGGGACCAGUGAUAAGGGCUGAAGUGGGUGACACCAUCCAGGUUGUCUUCUACAACCGUGCCUCCCAGCCAUUCAGCAUGCAGCCCCAUGGAGUCUUUUAUGAGAAAGACUACGAGGGUACCGUGUACAAUGAUGGCACAUCGCAUCCUGGCUUGGUAGCCAAACCCUUUGAAAAAGUAACGUACAACUGGUCAGUUCCUCCUCAUGCUGGGCCCACUGCUCAGGAUCCUGCCUGUCUAACCUGGAUGUACUUCUCUGCAGCAGAUCCUGCAAGAGAUACAAAUUCUGGCCUGGUGGGCCCUCUGCUGGUUUGCAAGGCUGGCGCCUUAGGUGUAGAUGGCAAGCAGAAAGGAAUGGAUAAAGAAUUUUUUCUCCUCUUCACUGUGUUUGAUGAGAACAUGAGCUGGUACAACAAUACCAAUAAAGCAGCUGGUAUGUUGGAUUCCCGACUGCUCUCAGAGGAUGUCGAGGGCUUCCAGGACUCCAAUCAAAUGCAUGCUAUUAAUGGGUUUCUGUUCUCUAACCUGCCCAGGCUGGACAUGUGCAAGGGUGAUAUGGUAGCCUGGCACUUGCUUGGCCUGGGCACAGAGACUGAUGUCCAUGGGGUCACAUUCGAGGGCAACACUGUAGAGCUUCAGGGCAUGAGGAAAGGUGCAGCCAUGCUCUUUCCUCACACCUUUGUGAUGGCUGUCAUGCAGCCUGACAAUAUUGGGACAUUUGAAAUCUAUUGCCAAGCAGGCAGCCACAGAGAAGCAGGGAUGAGGGCAGUUUACAAUGUCUCCCAGUGUUCUGGUCGUCAAGACAGCCCACGACAACACUACCAAGCUUCAAGAGUCUACUACAUCAUGGCAGAAGAGGUGGAGUGGGAUUAUUGCCCUGAUAGAAGCUGGGAACUGGAAUGGCACAACACAUCUGAGAAGGACAGUUAUGGUUAUGUUUUCCUGAGCAACAAGGAUGGGCUCCUGGGUUCCAGAUAUAAAAAAGCUGUAUUCAGGGAAUACACUGAUGGUACUUUCAGGAUUCCUCAGCCAAGGUCUGGACCAGAGGAACACUUGGGAAUCUUGGGUCCGCUUAUCAGAGGAGAGGUUGGUGAUAUCUUAACUGUGGUGUUCAAGAAUAAUGCCAGUCGACCAUAUUCCAUACAUGCCCAUGGAGUUCUAGAAUCUAGUACUGGCUGGCCACAGGCUGCUGAGCCUGGUGAAGUACUUACUUACCAGUGGAACAUUCCAGACAGAGCUGGUCCUGGACCCAGUGACUCUGCUUGUGUUUCCUGGAUUUAUUAUUCGGCAGUGGAUCCCAUCAAGGAUAUGUAUAGUGGUCUGGUGGGACCCUUAGUCAUCUGUCGAAAGGGUAUCUUGGGACCCCAUGGAGGUCGGAAUGAUAUGGACCGGGAAUUUGCCUUGUUGUUUUUGAUCUUUGAUGAGAACCAGUCUUGGUAUCUGGAAGAGAACGUUGCAACAUAUGGGCCCCAAGAGACAAACCAUGUUAAUCUACAGGAUGAGACCUUCUUGGAGAGCAAUAAAAUGCAUGCUAUCAAUGGGAAACUCUACGCUAAUCUCAGGGGUCUCACAGUAUACCAAGGAGAACGGGUAGCCUGGUACAUGCUAGCCAUGGGCCAAGAUACUGACAUUCACACUGUACACUUCCAUGCAGAGAGUUUUCUCUAUCAGAAUGGACACAGUUACCGGGCAGAUGUUGUGGAUCUCUUUCCAGGGACAUUUGAGGUUGUGGAAAUGGUAGCCAGCAACCCUGGGACAUGGCUGAUGCACUGCCAUGUGACUGAUCAUGUUCAUGCUGGCAUGGAGACCAUCUUUACUGUCUUGACUCAUGAAGAACAUUUAAGUACUAUGACUACCAUUACCAAAGAGAUUGGAAAAGCAGUGGUCCUAAGAGAAAUUGGAGAAGGCAAUGUGAAGAUGCUGGGCAUGACAAUCCCCAUAAAGGAUGCUGAAAUUCUGUCUUCUGUUUUGAUUGCCAUAUGUAUAAUUCUGCUUCUUGUUGCUCUGGCUCUUGGUGGUAUAGUCUGGUACCAGCAUCGACAAAGAAAGCUUCGGCGCAACAGGAGGUCCAUUCUUGAUGAUAGCUUCAAGCUUCUGUCUCUGAAGCAGUAAUAGCGGAAACCAGAAGAUAUCUUCAGAAAACACAUCUGGAAUGUAUACCAUGCUCCCAGGAAGCCAUGUACUAGCAGCAAACUCUUUUGUCAAGGGGUACGGGUAGUGGAGAGGCAGAGGAUGAAAUCAAAAUUAUCUGGCUAUUUCUUUAUUUAUUUACAUGGAAAUCACAGGCUCUCACUUUUUCUUUAUUUCCUUGCAACCCGAGGCAGUUAGGAUUGGGCAAAUUCUUUUGUAUACAGAUUUCAGCAGCUAGGAUAUGUCACCCUUCAGUACUGGAAGGUACGGAAAUCCUUAGAUCAUAAUUGUUCUCACAGAAUAUACACCAAGAAAAAGGUAUCUAAUUCGGUUUUUAUUUAUUGCCCUCGUAAUUGAGGGCAAAUGAUGAGCCACAAAGAUAAUCCCUAACUAAAUAAAGGACCAAAAAUAUAGGCAUGAUAGAAAAUGAGAGAUAGGGUGGGCAGUGGGAAUCCAAAUUACACUUUAAUUAUAUUUGGCAAUAUUUGGCAAUGGACUAUUUUACGAGAAGUAAAUGAAAGGGUUGUGGUUGUUGUGAGCAUCUACAACCUCUGGAACCAGAAACACCUGUAAAACAGUCCUUCAGGUUUCUACACAGUGGUACUAAAGGGAAUUUUGCAUGUUCUCUUCAUGUUUGAAGUAGUAAAUCUUGUCCGUUAAAGUACUUAUUAAAAGAUUGGAAUAUUGAAUUUGGUGAUUUUGGUGAUUCCCAUGGCAAUUGGGAGGUGGAAUUACGUUUGAAAUGAAAGAAUUUCAGUAAUCUGGGGAGGCAAAUUAUAGAUCUACACACCCUUUGUGGAUCCUAGAGAUUUGUGUGCUUUCUCAAAGUAAGCCUCCUUGUCAGAGUGGUAACAUCUUAGAGAAGUUCUAUGAGUACUAACCAUUUUUGGAAUACCAAGAAAAGUGGCCAGAGAAGGUACCUGUCCCCUGGGAAAAAAGAGGUAGAUGUAUGCAUGGUGAUUUGGUAGAUGGGGGAAUAAGAGGCAUAUUAGCAAUUUGUAAACCUCUUUAUAGAACAGAGUCAUUCCUUCCUGUACCUUACAGCAAUAUCCCAUUUUUGCCAGCCUUUUCAGUCCUCUCUGAAACUUUCAUCCAGAAAACACACACAAGAAAAUAGGAAUGAGCUAAGACAGACUACAGUUUCCACAUGGUAAAUGGAGAACAGACGGGGCAACAUGGAGAGUAAUGAUCAUAGCAGUGGGAUGGGGAUAUAGCUGAGUGGUAAAGUGAUUGCCUAAUAAAAGAGAGUCCCUGGGUUGGAAAAAAAGAGCACACAGAAAACAAGGUAAUAACAAGGGUGCAUAGAGAUAUUCUUACACAUAGCAAAUAAUUCCAAUUACUGAUUGGACUGGACUCCCUAGAUUCAUUAAAGUGGAGAUUAAAUUAUUUUACUUAGGGUGUCUCAGCUGCAAAUUAAGUGGAGACUCAAAUUUUCAUCUCUUUGAUUCCAAAAAGGUUCUAUUUUCCCUUUGUUAUGGAAACUUCUACUGUGCUUUGUCUUUCUUACCCACUUGAUUUCAAAUUGUGAGGUUGCCUAGCAACUUGUUUACUUAGUUAGCAACCCACAGAGUUGGUUUCCAGUUGCCAUAAAAUGUUACAGGUCAGAGGCCAGAAAAGCUAACAAAUGCUAAAAUAAUGCAUUUUGUUCAUCCAUGGUCAGUGGCUUUCCGGAUAAUUUCUGAAAAUCUAGGGAACAUAGAUGUAGAUGUGGAGGAACAUAUUAAUUACCCAUUAUCCUGUUAUAGAAAUAAUGUGCCUUCUUAGUGAGAAAUCACUCUACACACUUAGAGAUAAAAUAAAGGCUCUUAACCAAAGUGCAAAUAAGAGUCAGAAAUGAAUGGAAGAUUUUACUAACUUACAUAUACCUUAGGCGUAUGCAUCCCACAAACACUGUCAUCCUAACAUCUUGUUCUGCCCUUGCCCAAGAUUAGACUUUGAACAAUUUAAACAGGACACUGUAAGUCUGGCCACUUAGGCAGGUAGGAGAUUUACAAAGCACAGGUAUUGCCAUAAUUGUUUUUAAGUAUACCAGUGUUAGUCCUUUUUGAAUAGCUGUUCCUCAGGGUCAUCCUUUCUUCGUGGCAGAAUUGUAACAGAGCAAGAUGGUACUGAGGUUCUUCCAUCUUAUAUCUUUGGGGAAGCUGUUCUAGGUUUGAUUAGAAUUUGAUCUCUGUGAUGGAAAGCUCUGUGGAAAAUUACCCAAAUCUGUUCUAGAGACCUGAAGUCAAGAUGCUCCAGCUAUUUUAUCUUGGUUUCUCUUCAUCUGCCUACUUGUGUAAACCGCCCCCUCCAACUAAUUGAUUAUCUUAGUUUCUGUUAUACUGCUUGCUUGUGUGAAACCUCUCGCUGCAGCUGCUGAACAAGAUAGCAGGAUAUGGUUUUGCCUUUAAAAACCCCUCACUCUAAAUUUGCAGUGCUAUACGUGAGUCCCAAAUACCUGAGUGUAGUCCCAGCUGGCUGGAAUAAAGACUUUCAAUUGGAUAUAAA